AUGACUAGGAUGAAAUCUGCAAUAAAGAAAACUUUUUCAAACUUCUUCUUUGAAUAUGAGACUCCUCGGGAGGUUCUGGUCAAGAACAGAAGGGUUGCAAUAGUGUGCAGAAUCAUCCAACUAGGCGUUUUAGCCUACAUCAUUGGGUGGGUGUUCAUGUAUGAGAAAGGCUACCAGACGGUGGACAAUGCCAUCGGCUCAGUCUUCACCAAGAUGAAGGGAGUGUCCUUCACUAAUAUCAGUGGACAGGAGCGGAUAUGGGAUGUAGCCGAUUAUGUGUUUCCUGAACAGGGAGACUCAUCUUUCGUUGUGAUGACCAACUUCAUUCCCACUAUAGGACAGGUACAAGGCAAAUGUCCUGAGCUGCCGGAUGGGAAGAACAAGUGCACCAAUGACUCAGACUGUGAUGACAGCAAAUACAAACGUACGGGCAAUGGGCACAUGACGGGCAGGUGUAUGAACAAAACCCAGACUUGUGAGAUCUACUCAUGGUGUCCUGUUGAAGACGACCGUAAAAUACCAGACCCUCCAAUCCUACUGACAGCAGAAAACUACACACUAUUCAUCAAAAACUCCAUUACCUUUCCCCAGUUUGAUGUAGUCAGGAGUAACUUGGUGGAGGGUAUUGAUCAGAAUUACAUCAAUAACUGUGUGUAUCACCCCAAAACUGCUCCGCUGUGUCCUAUCUUCAGACUGGGUGACAUUGUUGAGCGAUCCGGGUUCAGUUUCUCAGAAAUAGCUCGUGUGGGAGGUGCUAUAGGAGUCCUCAUUGACUGGGACUGCAAUCUGGACCUGAGUAUCAGAUUCUGCAAACCAAAAUAUGAGUUCUAUGGUCUUUAUGGAACUGGGAAAAACGACCAAGUAGAUAAAGCAUCUCUGGGAUACAAUUUUAGAUUUGCUAAAUAUUAUGUGGAGAAUAGUGUGCAGAAGAGAACACUGAUGAAGGUGUUUGGUGUGCGGAUAGACAUUAUUGUUCAUGGGCUGGCAGGAAAAUUUGAUAUAAUACCAACGCUGACAGCGAUAGGUUCAGGAGUAGGAAUAUUUGGAGUGGCCACUGUUGUGUGUGAUUUGCUACUCCUAUAUAUACUUCCAAAGAAGAAUUUCUACAAAACCAUGAAAUUUAAAGAUGCAGAAAUCUGUGAAGAGACCCCAGCCUUGCCCCAGACACAAGAAGACAGCGAGUCACAGAAGG